AUUUACAUGUUUAAAAUGCAAUCAUUUAUUUAUUGAGAGUCAAACUAAUUGAAACCCUGUGCAUUCCUGAAAAGUUUAAUUUAAUUCUUAAUCUGACAAAAAAAAAAAAAAAAAAAGAGUAAAUAUUGGGGUUUUUUUGUAAGUUGUAAUCGUUAUUAUAUUACACUGAAUAAAUGUCAAUUUACUUGACCUGUGUUGUUCUAUUAAUCUGUUACUGGGAAUGUAUCAGAGAUGGGAAUCAGACUCCUAUUGCACAUCAGUGUGAUCCAGUCCAGGUUUUACUGCUGCCAGCUUGAUCACCCCCCAGUGUGUCUAGCUAACAAGCUCAGGUGUGUCUGAUUAUUAAACUCCCAGUGAAAGCAGGACAGGAUGUCUCGAUAUUCUUGUCCUAUCUUUAACUAUUAGUUCCUAGUUUCCGUGCUUGGAAAGCUUGACACCUAUCUCUCGUUUGCAGUUUAGCGAUGACCCCUAACUUGCUUUGUGCAUCUGGGGCGGAGCUGCACGCCGCGUCGGUGCGUCCGAUUAGGAAGUGGAGUUGAAAACGGUGUGUAUUUAUUUAAAGAGAGCGUUUUUCCAGCACUGGCGCUGCAAGAGGGAGAGGUGAUCUCGACUGAUUAAUGAUUAAUUGCUGGCUCGCAAUGUCACGCAAAGUGAAGGAAGACCACUAUCGGUUCUACACGGUGACAGACCACAGGACGCAGGAGAAAGGCUUCACGGAGUACCGAGUCUGCGCCCGGUUUGUCUCUAAGAGAAAUCCAGAAGAUGUGAAAGAGGUCGUGGUGUGGAGGCGGUUCAGUGACCUGAUGAAGCUGCAUGGCGAGCUCUCUUACACCCACAGGAAUCUCUUCAGGAGACUGGAGGAGUUCCCUGACUUCCCCCGGGCUCAGGUCUUCGGGCGGUUUGAGCCGUCUGUGAUUGAAGAGAGGAGGAAAGCUGCAGAAGCCAUGCUGAGAUUCACAGUCAACAUCCCAGCUCUUUAUAACAGCCCCCAGCUCAAGGACUUUUUCAGGGGAGGCGAAGUCCGACGGCCCCUAGACCUGCCCCCUGUCUCCGAAUCCUCCGCCUCCCUGCCCCCCCCUCUCAUCCCCCUGCCUCGGAGCUCUGGAGAGGGAGGGGAGGUGGAGCAGGCAGAGCCCCAGACGGAGGGGGAGGUCCCUGGGUCGCCCUCAGGAAACUGUGAGGAGGCAACCGAGGCCUGCACGGAACCCGAGGACAUUCCGUCGCCGGCAGCGACCGUGCGUUGUCACGGUGGAAGCACCCCCCCACCAGAAGUGGGCGUCGACCAUUUGGAAUCCCAGGAGGAGUUUGAUUUGCUGUUCGACUCUGAAGGGGCGGGACAAGUUGCUGCAGAGGCCCCGCCCCCUCUGUGCCGGCUCUCUGAAAGCGAACUUGCCCUGUUUGACCCCUGUGCCAAGAGGCAAGCCACUGGUCCAGAAGCCUCUGCCAAUGGGCUGGAGGGAGGCGUGGCUGAGUCAGCCAGCAGCCUGCUGCUCCCGGAAGGCUCAGGGGGCGGGGCCAGAACCCCGAGGGCAGGGCCAGAGCUCCCGGGGUACCUGAAGCGCGCUGCGGAGGAGAUCGGCGCAGCGCUGGAGAGAGAGGCGGCGCGGGACUACUGCUCUGCUUUCCAACACUACCAGACUGGGGUGGCAGUGCUGCUGGAGGGGGCGCAAGGAGACCCGGACGCCGACCGCAGGGAGGCAGUGAGGAAGAGGACGGUACAGUACCUGCAACACGCUGAGAGCAUCUUCACACUGCAGCGGAGAGGGGAGCCGGACCGAGACUGAGGCUGGAGACGGCAGCGGGGACACCCCCCCCCCCUUCUCUCCCCUCCUCCCUCGCUGGUAGAUUUUCCUGUGAGCGGCUCGGCUCUGAAUUCAUCCUCAAUCACCGGGGCCAAGCGACUCUUCUCAUUUGGGAUGUUAAAGUUGAGUCUCACACUGUCCUGUAUUCUGUUUCUGAUCAAAGCCUGCAGGUUCAUUUGCUGCCUGCCUCGAAUCUGUACGUACAGGGGGCCGGCAGCUGAUUGGAAUUAGAAUCCUAGCAGCGUCGAGUUCCGACAUUCCAGUUCUGUCUUGUUCUGUUUCCAGCGACAGUUCCAGACGAUAAAGGACUAAUAAUUAAUAAUAGCCCUUUAAUAAUAAUAAUAAUAAUAAUAAUAAUAAUAAUAAACCACAACAAAUACAA